AUGCCAAAAAGAAAGACCUUGAAUGGCAGGGAAAAACGCCAGAGAGAUAGAGACCGCAAGAGGGAAAAGAGGCAGGAGCAGUCCUUGCCACCAUCAGAUCCUCCUCCAGAUUCUGCUGUCCCAGCUGGAGCAGUAGAUGGAGCUAUCUCAGCUCCACCCGGUAAUUUUCCGGGGCAAGGCUCUAUAGGGUUGCCGCCUUUUGAGGAAAAACCCUUGGCCAGGUUGCAGGCCUCUCUUCGCGAGAAAAUGCAACCAACUGCCCUGAGUAACGCAUCUUCUCAGGGAAGUCGUCUGUGUGCCCGAAACGGAGGCAUGGCACCGUCCCCUGACUCCCCACCGUGGGUUUGUACCUCGCCGAGGGUACCUGAGCUGGACACCGUGCACGUGUCUGGCUCAGCAGGUCAGGCGCAGCUGGAUAUGUCAUCCUCCAAGGGGGAUGAGUCCAGCAGGAGAUUGAUUGAUGCAAACCAGAGUAAAAGAACGAGAUCUAAAAGGAAUACUAAAAGGAAUUUACAUGAUGAAAAUGAGAAUAUAGAUAGUGUAUAUGAGAGAAAUAAAUCAGAGUGCAGAAUUGGAAGACUGUGUACUGGUGAACUUGGUGGUGAUUAUGCUUGUGUAAGUAAAGAUGGACCAGUAACAUUGAACAAGGUAUCUAUUCAAGGGUCUUUUCAUCAAGGUGACUUAAUGUUUGGUGAAAAUGCAGGAACACAAUGUGUUGCGAACUCGUUAGCAGCAUUAGCAUACCAUAAAGUAAAGAAUUCUAAUCAGUGGCAAACUUCAGAUAUGAAUAAAGUGUUAGCAACAGGAGAUGAGCUUUAUACAUACUUGCAGCGUAGUUCAACCAUUGUCAGUAGGUAUCUUUUUGUGAACGAGUUGCCUCAAUUUUUUGAGUGUUUUAAUACAACGUUUGAGUUCAAAGCAUGCGAAUCUUUAUGCAGCCUAAUAAAUUUGUCAGAUGUAGAACCAAACUAUGAUGAAUUUAAUGCAUAUUCACUGACAGAUGCAUUGCAAAUUGGUCUUGGAGAAACAAGUGGGUGUUUUGUAUGCUUCAAGGGAAAUACUUUUUUGGUUGGAAAAACAGAGGAUGGCUUCUUUACAUUUGAUCCACAUUCACGGUCACAAUCGGGGUGUAUGAGUGUAAGUGGAAGGAGUACAAGGAUACUGUAUCAAUCGGUUGAUGAUAUUUACAAUCACAUAUUGUCCUUGGCAGUGUCAAUGGGAAUUUCUGGAAUUACUGAAUGUGAAAUAACAGGUGUCGAUUGUUCAGUUUGCCAGUUUGCAACAACUGAUAAACAUAUAAUUGAAAUUGAGCCAGGAAAAUGUACUCAGCAAAAUAAAGGCUUGAAUUUAGCAGUUCAAGAAAACAGAGACCUUUUGACUGCAAAUGUUCAGUCAGAUACUUAUGGUUUUCAAUCAGUUGCCAAUGAUGAUGUUCAACUCAUUUGCAGUGAAAGUCAUAGUAUAAGUUUUCUGCCACUUUCUAACACUGUGAAAUUACAGCUUUGUCAGGUCCUGGGAAUACCACAGUCAGAUACAAAUAGUAAUGUUGAACAGGAUUGCUUUGUGCAAGAAGCAGGUGCACCUAGUGAAUAUGUCGAAAUUGAAGGGGAUGGAAAUUGUUUUUUCAGGGCCAUUUCAUUUUGUUUGAUUGGAGUAGAGGAUUAUCAUUAUGCAAUACGAUCAGCAGUGUGUAAACAUCUACUACAAAAUAGAAUAUUGUUUGAAACUUUUGUAAGAUCUACAGAAAGUUCUGUUGAAAAUCACUUGAAUUUAACAGGUAUGUCAAACGAUGGUACAUGGGCAACUGAAAUGGAAAUUCUUGCUCUCUCUCACCUCUUGAGCACUGAUAUACAUACUUAUACAGAAAAUCACUGGGUUACAUUUUCAGGAAAACAGGUAGAACCUAUGAAUGUUCAAAGCACAGGAUCAUUUUAUUUAGUUCAUCAGGAUCAGAAUCAUUAUAAUGUAGUGGUGUCAGUUACUGAGAAAGAAACGGUAAGUUCCUUGAAAAAUAAUGCUCUGUAUGUUGGCAAGAAAGACUAUAGAGAAAGACGUAAAAAUCGAGAUCGUAUGAGGGAAAUGCGUAUCUUUUCAUCUGCCAAAAAAUUAAGUACAAAUCAUGAAAAGAAACUAAAGAAUGAAAAUUACACAGAAAGGAAAUUAAGAGCAGCAAAACUGAGGUACAAGACUGACCUUCAAUUUAGAUUAAAGGCAAUCGCAAAUGGUAAGGAAAGAUAUAAAAGUGAUGGAAUUUUCAAAGCAAAGGCAAAGCAGAGGAGCUUGGAAGCUUGUAAAAGGAAAUAUACAACAGAUGGUAUCCAUAAACAAUACAGGAAGAGAAGAAGUAUUGAGAAAUAUAGGUCAGAUAUAGUACAUAGAGAGGGUGUUAAACAAAGAAGUAUAAAUAAGUACAGGAAUGAUAAAGAACACAGGAAAGAUGUUAAACAAAGAAGUAAAGAAAAGUAUAGGAAUGAUGAAUUGCACAGAAAGAAUGUAAAACAAAGAAGUACAGAGAAAUACAGGAAUGAUGAAGUACACAGAGAGGAUUUAAAACAGAGAAGUUUAGAAAAGUACAGGAAUGAUGAAGUACACAAAAGGAAUUAUCAAGAAAAGAGUAUAGAGAAGUACAAAAAUGAUGAAGCACACAGAUUGAAUGUUAAACAAAGAAGUAUUGAAAAGUACAAGAAUGAUGAAGAACAUAGACAUAAGGUUAAGGCUGUUAAUAAAGUACAGUAUCAUUUUAGUGCUGACGAGAAAAAGAAGAAGAAGGAGAAUGUCCUGAAUCAGAGACGGGCACUAAAAGUAAAGUUGGAAGAUGAAGAAGAAGUUUUGAAACUGUUUAAGGAAAGUGUGAGAGAUGGCCCAGACUACAUAUGUUGCUGUUGUAAUCGUUUACUGUUUGAACAUCAAGUCCAACGAUGCACACUUGAAAUGUAUGAGAAAAGACAUGAAGCUUAUAAAAUUGCACAGAUUUGUAUACAGAAAAAAUGCUCCCAUGAUUGUACAUUGUCUUGUCCAGUGAACUGCCCCCAUUCAUCAUUGUGGAUAUGCUUUACUUGUCAUAGGAAAAUAUUGAAUGGGAAUAUUCCAGCAGAGGCAGCUGUAAAUAAAAUGUCAUUAGAGGAAAUUCCAUGCGAGCUUAGCAGUUUAAACAGUUUGGAGCAGCAUUUAAUUGCUUUGCAUAUUCCCUUUAUGAAAGUGAUGGCUCUUCCACAAGGUGGUCAAAGGAAUGUACAUGGGCCUGUUGUUUGUGUGCCAUCAAAUAUGGAAAAGGCAACAGCUUUGCCAAGAAACAGGGAUGACAAUUUAUUGUUAAGAGUUAAGCUAAAACGAAAGCUAGCGUACAAGGGCUAUUACGAAUAUCAAUUUGUUAAUCCAACUCAUGUUAACAUGGCUCUUGAUUAUUUAAGGAAAGAAAACAAAUGGUAUAAAGACGUAGUGAUCAAUAACUUGUGGGAAGGAAAUAGUGACGAAAAUGAUUUGCUAUUUAAUGAGACUAGUGAAUUUGUAGAUGAAGAAGUGAAAGAAGAUGAGAGAGAUGAAAAUCCAGUUGCUACUGACACAUGUUUACAGCCAGUAGAUGUGGCACAAGAAGUUCUUGAUCAUUACUUUGAUGAUGUUUACAAUAUAGCACCAGGUGAAGGGAAAAAUCCAGUCCGAAUGUUGCAAGAAGAAGGAAACGAGGCAAAAUCAUUUCCACAUUUAUUUCCAACUGGCAAAUUUUCUUGGAAUGAAGAUCGAGAUGUGAAAAUAACGCUAUCAAGAUAUUUUAACAACAGACUUAUGAAUGCUGAUAACAGAUUUGCUAAGGACACAAAUUACAUCUUCUUCUCUCAAUACAUGUCAGAAUUGAACCAAGUAAUAGAGAAAACACAAAUUUCAAUUCGAAAGUCUUUUUCAAAGCUUGAUAGUGGAAAUGCAGUAACAUCUGAAAUGUUACAGAAUCCUGAUGUUCUCUCAAGACUCUUAAGAAAUGAUGAGGCUUUACGGUUUAUGCAACCUAUUCGAGGAACACCUGCAUAUUGGUCGGCUUCUCAGAAAGAUCUGUUCGCUAUGCUUCGACAGUUAGGUAUCCCAACAUGGUUUUGUUCAUUUUCUGCAGCUGAAUACAGAUGGAACGAAAUAAUUGCAUCAAUUUUAUUUCAAGAAAAUGAUUCUAGAUCCCCUUCUGAUUUAGACUGGUCAGAAAAGAGUGAGAUUUUAAGAAGCAAUCCAGUUACUGUUGCCAGAAUGUUUGAACAUAGAUUUCAUAUGUUUCAAAGACAUGUUAUAAUGUCACCUUCAAAACCUAUAGGAAAUGUUAUUGAUUUUUUUGUGAGAGUAGAAUUUCAACAAAGGGGCUCUCCACACAUGCACUGCUUGUACUGGGUUGAGAAUGCCCCAAAAUUUGAGGAAGAUGGUGAUAAAACUGUUUGUGAUUUUAUUGAUAAAUAUAUCACAUGCGCUUUACCUGCUGAAAAUGAUGACCAAGAGCUGCGAAAAAUUGUUUUAGGUGUUCAACAACAUAGUAAGAACCAUUCAAAAUCCUGUAGGAAAAAGGGAACAGACUGUAGAUUCCAUUUUCCAAGACCACCAUCAGAAAGAACAUUUAUUACAAGACAAUGUGAGGAGAAAGAGGAAGACUCUGAGAAAUUCGAUGGAUUGAGUAAAUCUCAGGCUAAAGAUAUUUUGUUGCGUGUUUGGAAUGAAGUUCUUGAUGAUGUGAAUGGAGGCAAAACUGCAGAGGAAAUAUUUUCUAACAUGCACUUAUCACAGGAUACUUACGAAAUGGCCCACAGGGUAUUAUCUGCUAAAACAAGUACUAUCUUGAAACGAAAUCCUGAUGAAAUGUGGACAAACCAAUACAACACAUGCCUUCUCAGAUGUUGGGAUGCAAAUAUGGACAUACAGUAUAUCCUAGACCCGUUUAGCUGUAUUGUUUACAUAAUUUCAUACAUAUCAAAGUCAGAACGUGAAAUGGGAAUGCUGUUAAAACAAACUCAAGUAGAAUCUGUAGAGGGAAAUUUAAGUGCUCGUCAAACAAUAAAAAGAAUUGGAUCAGCUUAUCUUAAUCAUAGAGAAGUGAGUGCCCAAGAAGCAGUGUACAGAGUUUGUAAUCUAAAAAUGAAAGAAGGAUCAAGAAAAGUGGUGUUUGUUCCAGUUGGUGAAAAUCCGACUCGACUGAGUAAACCCCUUUCACAAAUGAAAAGAACAUGUAAGAAUGAAGAUGAUAUGGAAGAUGAUGACGACAGUAUUUGGAUGACAAAUAUAGUGGAGAGAUAUGAAAAUCGUCCUGAUCUACAUCCUUUUCCUGAAAUGUGCCUUGCAGAAUUCUGCUCAGAAUAUCGUGUUUUGGCGAAAUCUCAAAUUCCCAAGGGAGUAAAAGAAGGCGUUUAUGAAUUGAAAAAUGGAAAUGGUUAUAUUCAGAGAAGAACAAGAGCUAAGCCAGCCAUAGUAAGAUAUCCAAGGUUCAAUCCUGAAAGUGCAUCAGAAAAGUAUUAUCAGUCAAUACUACAGCUUUUUCUUCCUUAUUGGACUCAAGAUCAAUUGAAACCACCUGGAUUCAAGUUUUAUCAGGCAUUUUACGAAAAUGGGUUUGUCAGAAUAAGAACUGGAAACAAAUUACAGUCUGUCAGGAUUGUGGUUGAAAAUAAUCGUUGUAAUUUCUCAAAGAAUAAGGCUGCCCUUGAAAAUGCUCAGGAAACUCUAGAAGUUUAUGGUGAACCUGAAGAUGCUUGGGCUAACCUUUGUCCAGAAACUGAAAGAAAUCGAGAUGAAUGUCUAAACGAAAAGAGGAAAACAGAACAAUCAGAAAACAAAGAACGAGAAAUCACCCAUGAAAUUGAACAUGAUGGCGCUUCAGAUUUGAUAUACCAUAUUAGGGAAAGUUCAAACUCAAGGGAAGAAAUUUUGCCUUUACUGCGAAGUUUAAAUAAUAAACAAAAACAGGUUUUCUACAUAGUUCGUGAAUGGUGCUUGAAAAAAGUGGCUGAGAGGAAAGUAGACCCAUUACAUAUCUUUGUUACUGGAGGUGCAGGAACAGGAAAAAGUCACUUGAUAAAAACCAUACAGUAUGAGGCCUCUCGAAUUUUUGAGAAAAUUGUUUUAUCUCCUUCAGAUUUAUCUGUUCUUCUCACAGCUUUUACUGGAACUGCUGCUUUCAAUAUUGGGGGCAAUACAAUUCACCACGUAUUUUCUUUAACCAAAGCUCUACCUUUCCCAUAUGAACCCCUGAAAGAACAGAGUUUGAGUGCAAUGAGAGCAAAGUUAGCUUCUCUGCAGAUUUUAGUCAUCGAUGAAGUCUCAAUGGUUUACAAACGACUUUUGUAUUACAUUCAUGAACGACUGGUACAAAUCAAGAAAUGCAAGGAACCUUUUGGCGGUAUUUCUGUUAUAGCAGUUGGAGAUUUUUACCAAUUACCUCCUGUGAAACAACGAAAGUUGGAAAUACUCUACAAAGAAAAUGAUGAAUAUCCCAUAGACUACUGGUUAGACUUCUUCAAAAUUGUUGAGUUAGAAGAAAUAAUGAGACAACGUGAUGAUGCUGCAUUUGCUACAGUUUUGAAUUCAUUACGGGUUCGAACGAUUGAAGAACCAGUAUCAGAAAAUGCGAAAACAAUGUUAAAAGACUGCAUCAGAGAUGGACCAGAUGAAGUACUGCAUGUGUAUCCUACAAAUGAAGAAGCGAAUGAGUAUAAUCUCAAGAUGUUGCAAGCAAGUUGUGAAGAACUGAUAGAGAUAUCUGCAGAAGAUUAUCAAAAAGACAACACUACAGGAAAGCUGACUUUACGUGAAAAACCCUUCAUACGGACAAGAACAGAUGGGCUCUCUGCUUCUUUGCUGUUUUCUGUGAAUGCUAGAGUGAUGCUUACAAGAAAUAUUAAUGUUGAAGACGGGCUGGUGAAUGGUGCAAUGGGACAUAUUUCAGCAUUUGAUUUUGGACAAGCUCAGCAAAGAAAUAGGGUAGAAGGGAUUAGAAUUUUGUUUGAUAGUGAAGAUAUUGGAAAGCUGCAAGGGAAAAAGACGCCACAUGGAAAUGAAGUAUUGAUUCAAAGAAUACAAGAAGACAUCAAGGAGAAAAAUACAAAGAAUGUUGCCAAAAACGAAAAAGCUUUAGUUCAUGUUUUACCUCAGAAAAAUAUAGAAGGAAUGGCUGUAGAACUUUGUGAAGGAGGACACGGUUAUCAUCAUGUUUGGAGUGGAGAAAAUAGUAUCGGAAUCGACACCAAUGCAGAAGCCUCCAUGUCAACAUACACACUGGAGAUUUUGUUCCUCCCUGGCGUUGAAUUUCAAAUUCUCUCAGUGUGGUUGGUUCCUUGA